AUGCCCUUUAAACCACCUCAGGAAGCACGCGAUACGUCUUCCGCGCCCAUGGACGUAGAUCCGCAGCUGCAGCUCACGUUUGCUAACAUGGACGCACGACUCCUCUUGUCGUGCAUCGAAUCAGCCGCCGCUGCAGAUCCAUAUCCAUCCUUUCGUGAAGAACCACCCGCGCAUAGGACUCAAUCGCACCACUUACCACCCGAGCCACCAUCUAAGAAGAUCCCUCCACCAAGCACACUCCGCCGCCUACUAAACCCUAUCGAAGCUUGCCACGCAUAUGCGACAGGCAGCUUCGAACCCUUGGAUACGCUCUACAUGGACCAGGAGGCGCAGCACAACAGUUUUCCCGUGGAUCAACGUGGCGCCCUACGCCUCGCGCAGACCCUAUACCUCGACAUCCACCUUAAGCACACCUUCAGCCUCUCCCAAUUGGCAGCACGUGAUAUUUGCAUGGUAGAACCCUUCAUUCGCGACUAUUAUAUCAACGUACGCGAUAUGAUGGUCGAGGAAGCCACCAUUUCCAUACUAUCUCAGCUCCUUUAUCCAUCUCUAUAA